GUUAUGGUUAUAAUACGUCGAAGGCCGAGUCUUCAGAUUGUAACAAAGAAGAAGAAAAAUUAUAUGAUAUAAAUAACAUUUAACUGAAAUAGCGGAGAUUGGUUAGCGUGAUGUGUUAUAUCAUAAAAUUUCAGUUAAAUGUAUUUAUUGUAACAAAAAUAUUUCCUGAAGCUCUUUAGCCUCAGAAGCGUUAGAAAAUGACUGAUGGAGAUCAAGAAAACAUGUCAAAACACAACAUCGAAAGCGCCGAUGAGCGAGUUCCUUUGUUAUCAAGCACACAAGAUCGCGAGAAGGUUUCUGGAGCAUCCUUUCAUGGCUCGGUGUUCAACCUGUCAUGCACAAUCGUCGGCUCGGGCAUCAUGAGCCUGCCCGCAACCCUGAAACUCUUGGGGCUCGUUCCCGGGAUUGUGUUGAUCGUUACAGUUGCGUUUGUUAUCCAGGCGUCGAUCGAGAUGCUGUUGAGAUUCAGCAAGGCAGGGUCUGCAUGUUCCUAUGGAAAUGUCAUGGGCGAUGCCUUUGGAAGAAUAGGGAAGGUUGUGCUUCAGAUCUGCAUUGUUAUCUACAACACUGGCUCUCUUAUUGUGUACAUGAUCAUAAUUGAGGACGUGCUUUCCGGAUCAAACUCAAAAGAGGUUCACCACACCGGCAUUUUGGAAGGGUGGUUUGGAGCUCACUGGUGGACUAGCCGCACCUUUGUUCUUGUCACAGUAACUGUUGUCAUAUUUUUACCAUUGAUGUUCUUCGAGCGUAUUGAUUCAGCAAGAUAUAUCUCUAUCAUAUCAGUUGGAUUGGCACUUGUGUUUCUUCUUGUUGUCAUUGGAGUCACAGCUUACAAACUAAUGGACGGAAGCAUCGAGACUCCAAAAUGGUUUCCAAAUGUGACUGAUUCUGCAUCAUUCUUUAACCUCUUCACCGCAGUCCCUGUCGUUGUUUUCGCAUACAUCUGUCACUACAAUGUACACACAAUUCAGAACGAGCUUGAAGAUCCUUCCCUAAUGCAAGCAGUUGUUCGAGGUUCACUUGCCCUAUGUGCAGUUGUCUAUGUAAUGACAGGCAUUUUUGGGUUCCUUCUCUUUGGCGAAUCAACAUAUUCUGACCUGCUCUCCAACUUUGACACCGACAUUGGCAUCCCCUACAGUUGGCUGUUCAACGACAUUAUUCGAAUCAGCUACGCAGGGCACGUCAUAUUAGUAUUCCCAACCAUUUUCUUACCGCUCCGGCUCAACUUGGACGGCCUCCUUUUCCCCUCGGCAAGGCCUCUGGCUUUAGACAAGAAGAGAUUUGUGUUGGAAAGUUUAGGGCUUGUCUUCGUUGCCCUUGUGGGUGCAAUAUUCGUACCAAAUAUUUGGAUAGCUUUUGAGUUCACAGGUGCAACCAUGGGAGGAUUACUUGCAUUUGUUUUCCCUGCUUCCAUCACUCUCAAGGAUCCUCAUUGUAUAGCAACUACAAGGGACAAGAUUGUGUCAGUCUCCAUGAUCCUUCUUGCAGUAUUUGCAAACCUGAUGGCCACUUACAGCAAUCUCAGCUCUUUGUUGUCAUAAAACGGUUUAGGAACUUGGUUUCUUUGCAUAAUGCAACAGACAUUAAGUUUAAUUUCUGCUUUGUGGAAGAUUCAAUGUUUAUCAAGGAUUAAAGCAUUUAAGUGACUUAAAGUUAGAUGGAGCCCAAUUAAGGGAUUGAAAGGCCUUAUGGCCGGAUGUAGGAGAGAGAGGUGAGUGAGGGUUGCUUUAGAAACAACCUUAUGCAUAUAUACAUGUUCAACAUCCA